GUUCCGUUUGACAGCUCGAUCGUGGUGGUGCACGGUACGUCAGCGUAUCGUACGUUCGCGUUUUCCUCGCGCCCGUCGUGUUUCUUCGCGUUCGAUCGCGACGAAACGAGUUCACUUGAGGAACCGAGAGAGUUGAUCGAGGGUUCGCGAUAAUCCGAAGUUCCUUUCCUUCGUUGUUUCACAGAGCAGAGUGACGACCAUGUCGGCGACGCCGCGACGCGGUUUAUCGCCUCGCCGGCACUUGUGUUGGUAUCCGGUCGCGGCACGUCGCGAUCAGUGGUCAUGUGCCUGAAAGCAAACGCGGUUUACGCGGUCGACGUACGUGGAGAUGACACUCUUGCGUCUCUCGUGCAGUAUGCGAAAUUAUUAAGAAUACCGCGAUACAGCUGGGAGUGAGAGGAAGAUAGGAAGAGAGGAAGAAGUCGAAGAGAGAGGAAGACAGAGUGAGAGAGAACGUAGUGCGAAACGUUCUUUCUAUUUCCCCGAGCGGUCCGUGGAGAUCGCGCGAAAGAAACGAAAGGCGACCGGCCGAUCGAUGUGUUAUUUGUGAUGGGAGUGCCUGCGCGGGGAGCACUCGCGGCGAUCGUGGCGGUAACCGCGUUCGCCGUGUACCUAAACAGCCUCGGUUGUGGCUUCGUCUUCGACGACAUCUCGGCGAUCAAGGAUAACCGCGACCUCAGACCCCACACGCCCCUUAAGAAUGUCUUCUACAACGACUUCUGGGGUACUCCGAUGCAUAAGGAACAGUCGCACAAAUCUUAUAGACCUCUUUGCGUACUCACAUUUCGAUGGAAUUACCUGAUUCAUCAACUGGAUCCUAUGGGAUAUCAUCUACUAAAUGUUAUUCUACAUGUUGGAGUAUGCUUAUUAUAUUUCAGGACCUGUUUGAUGUUUCUACCAGAUGCAGCAAGUUUUGUAUCGUCUUUAUUAUUUGCUGUACAUCCUAUACACACAGAAGCAGUCACAGGUGUAGUUGGUAGAGCAGAGACUUUGUCCUCUUUAUUUUAUCUGGCAGCUUUAAUCACGUACACUAAAUGUUGCAAAAGCAAAAGAUCUACAGGGUGGAAAUCCUUGAUGUUAUCUAUGUUUUUUGUAUUCACUGCAAUGUUGUGCAAGGAACAGGGAAUCACAGCCACUGCAGUUUGUGUGUUGUAUGAGAUUUUUGUUGUACAGAAGGUUAGAGCGAGGGAUAUUUUCUUAGCAUUGAAAUCGGCUUUUGGUGGUAAUAAAAUUUCACCUGCAUGGUCAGGCGAGGGUACAAAACGUUUGACCGCUCUUACACUUGUUACAUUUAGCCUGCUUAUUCUGCGAUUACACAUAAUGGGCUCGAAGUUACCUGUAUUUACCAGAUUCGACAAUCCCGCAUCGGUUGCUGCAACACCAACAAGACAGCUUACAUAUAAUUAUCUUGCCGCAGUGAAUUUAAGACUGCUAUUUCUUCCAAGUGAUUUAUGCUGUGAUUGGACAAUGGGAACGAUACCGUUGAUAGAAAGCUUUGUGGAUGUUCGCAACCUCGCGACCUUAGCUACUCACGGAACUGUAAUAGGAUUGCUUGUAACAGCUGUUGUAACACAUAGCAGACAAACGUCAGUCAUACUUAUUAUGAGUUUGGCUAUGAUGAUACUCCCUUUUCUACCUGCGUCAAACCUUUUCUUCCCGGUUGGAUUUGUAAUUGCUGAGAGAGUGUUGUAUGCACCUUCAAUGGGAUUUUGCAUGCUUAUUGGAUAUGGAUGGAGCAUUUUGGCGGACAAGAAAUGCAAGAAAUUAGUGCUAUUUUUACUCGUGACUCUUCUGGCGGCACAUACGACGAAGACAUUUGUCAGGAAUUACGACUGGCUAGAUGAAUACUCAAUAUUCAUGUCUGGCUUGAAAGUGAACGACAGGAAUGCUAAGUUAUUUAAUAACGUGGGUCAUGCGUUAGAAAGUCAAGGCCAGUUUAAAGAAGCAUUGAAUUUUUUUAAUAUGGCUGUACAAGUUCAGGGUGACGAUAUUGGAGCACACAUUAAUGUCGGACGGACUUACAAUCAUUUGAAAAUGUUCAAGGAAGCUGAAGAUGCGUAUUUGAAGGCCAAGUCAUUGUUACCAAAAGCGAAACCGGGAGAGUCUUAUCAAGCACGUGUAGCACCGAAUCAUUUAAAUGUGUUUGUUAAUUUAGCUAACUUAAUCGCUAAGAACGAAACUAGAUUAGAAGAAGCUGAUUUAUUAUACAGACAGGCAAUUAGCAUGCGCGCAGAUUAUACACAAGCAUAUAUUAAUCGUGGCGAUAUUUUAAUUAAACUUAAUCGUACAAAGGAGGCUCAAGAAGUCUAUGAACGAGCACUAUUUUACGACAGUAAUAAUCCUGAUAUCUAUUAUAAUCUUGGUGUUGUAUUCUUGGAACAAGGAAAAGCGUCUCAAGCCUUGGCAUAUUUGGACAAAGCUUUGGAAUUCGAUCCGGAGCACGAACAGGCUUUAUUAAACUCUGCUAUAUUACUCCAAGAAUUAGGACGAGCGGAAUUACGAAAAAUAGCUAGAGAGAGGCUUUUAAAGCUCUUACGAAAGGAUUCUAAUAAUGAGCGCGUACAUUUCAAUUUGGGAAUGUUGGCUAUGGAUGAUCACGACAAUGGCGGUGCGGAACGUUGGUUUCGCAAUGCCGUCGCGUUGAAGGAGGACUUCCGCUCCGCGCUGUUCAAUCUCGCGUUACUUCUGGCGGACGAGCAGCGUCCGCUUGAAGCGGCGCCGUUUUUGAACCAACUGGUCAGAUUUCAUCCGGAUCACGUGAAAGGCCUAAUUCUUCUGGGAGACAUUUAUAUUAACAAUAUAAAGGACUUGGACGCCGCGGAAAAUUGUUAUCGCAGAAUACUGCAAUUGGAUCCUACCAACAUUCAGGGAUUGCAUAAUUUAUGCGUCGUAAUGGUGGAGCGUGGUAAACUAGGUUUAGCCGAGCAAUGUCUGGAACGCGCGGCUGCUUUGGCACCGGAUCAGGAUUACGUGCACCAACACCUCUCGAUUGUGAGAACUCGCAUCAGUCGUUUGCCGCCAGAUCAGCUCGACAAGGACGUGUUCGAUGAUUCCUUCUGGACCAGUAACGUGAACGACCGACCUUUCAACACUGAGACGUCUAAUGCACAAUUUCUGGGGAAGACAGAUUCCGUGUUUACAAAUCACGCGGCGGUUCACAAUCAUAUAAGCAGUAAACAGAGCAAUACUGAUUCCCUGAAUAAUCAUAUUAUACACCUGAAGGGUCCGUCAAAACCCGCGCGAGCGGUGAGCAGCGCGACGGACGCGAAAGACGGGCAACGUCCCAAACAAACGACGGUUCCUGAACUGAACAAUAUCGUCGAACCUACCACGGACAGGGUUUUCGAUAGGAUUAUAAGCGCUGACGUAACGAAAUUGGAUAUCGCGCAAAAUCACGGCUCGGAACACGAGUUCAAUCAGAGCGCCGCCGCGACAGUCAGCGGCAAGCAAGGAAUUCAGCAGACAAAGGAUAGCGCGUUGUCAUAGUAUUAAUGUAAAAUCCGCCGAAUACUGUAAAGUUAUGCAUAAUAACUGGAAAGGUUAUGGUGGUACACGGUCAUAUAUAUAAAUAUAUAUAUAUGGAGAAUAUAAAUAUAUAGAGCUAAUGUGUGAAUAUAAAAUGAAUACAGAGUAUUGUUUUAUAUGCUGUAUAAAAAUAGGACGUUUUAUAAA